AUGUAUAACGUUUAUCGUAACAAAGUUAGAAAACUAUGUAAAUCUGCUCGUCAGUCCUACUACGAUAAGAAAAUCCUUAAUACCAGUGAAUCUAACCCAAAAAAAUGGUACGAUAACAUCAAGUCUAUUUCUGAUCUAUCUAAAUCGGAACCUUUUUCGAGCAUCUUCCAUGAUG